AUGAUGCGCCGGUUGGAGGAGAUACAGCCGCAACUAGAAACGACGAUUGUAUUCGCUGAUGUCCUACACUUUAUGAUCAGUACUUUGUUUCAAGUGGAAACGGACCUGGCCUUGUUGAGGGAAGGGUCACCUUCGUUCUGCAGACAAAUAGGUUUGAGGACGCUCAUGCAGCACUUCGAAAUCUCCGCUCACAAGGAUCAGUCACAGCACAUAAUUCACUGUACCAAUAGGACUGGACUUGAACAUCCUUUCGAGUUCUGUACUGUUCAAUCCAGAACUUCGGAAGAUGUUCGAUACGAAGUCACGAUAGUCGCAUGCGAUUGUGAUGAAAAGGUCAGCCAAAAGAUGAUGUUCCCACAUCUGAAGCGGGUUAUCUUCAUGACUACAAAACAAUUUGCACUGCGAAAGAUGCGGGGCAUGUGCGAUGACAUGCACAUGCCUCGACUUUGUCAUAUCGCUGGUGUAGCCUGCGUCUACCGCCACGCGGUUGCCACCUUCAACGUUAAAGGUAGAUGCGUAUUUACACUUUUGUUUGAAAAGAAGAGAUUUUCGGCUUGCAAUAUACUGCCUGUACCGCGUAAUUGGCUCUCCUCAAGCAUUGCAGUCAUGGCCCUACCUAGUCCAUAUGCAUUCGAAAACGUCGAAAAAAUCAUACCCGCGGCUGAUAUAUAUACGUCCGAUGACUACUUUGAUCUGCAUAAUAGCGCAACAUCAUCGACAAUCGAAAAUUGUCCUUCAGUCGAUCUCCAGGGCAGAGCAAAGGAAGAGUUCGAACAACUUGACACUGUAUGUACUACUCCAUUCAAAAUCCCUUUCAAUCAGUAA